UAGUGGAACCGUAAGACAUCAGGAAUAAGAAAAGUACUAUCUCUAAUCUCCUAUUUCCCUGCAUUCUCUAAGCCUGCGGCUGAGGAACCCCUCGCCGGAGAAGACGGACAACGGCUACAAACUAUGUAGUCGCGGUCCAGCCGCUCGAUGGCUCAACGCCCUUGACAACCUAGUAUCAUGGUCCAGACGAUCCUCUGCUCGGUCCACUUCCACAAUAGCCGCUGCCACCUCAUCACCAACCCCAACUGACAUGCCAACCUCCCCUUCACCUCUGUUGCAUCGUGCGAUCAGCCAUGAGUAGUGCCAACGACUUCAAGGCCCUCACUGAGGCCCUGAAGUCACUGCAGGAGUCUGUCGCAGCUAAUGCCCUGACCAUCGCCAUCCUCACAGCCGACGACACGUCCUCCCCAGGCAUCAAGAUCGGCUCCGGCGAGCACCACAAUGACCGGAAGCCAAGGUUCCAGAAGCUGGACUUUCCCCGGUACGAUGGUAGACCGAUCCCCUCGGUUUCAUCAUCCGCUGCGAAUCAUACUUUCAUCAGCAGCACAUCAUGGAGGAGAAGGUCUGGAUGGCCUCCUACAACUUGGAGGGCGAGGCGUAGAUGUGGUAUAUCCAGGUCCAGACGAAUGAGGGUACUCCAUCGUGGCGCCAUUUUAAGGAGUUGCUCAACCUGCGCUACGGCCCCCCUCUCCGCACCACACCCCUCUUUGAGCUGGCUGAUUGUCGUCGCACGGGAUCCAUCGCAGACUAUCAGGACCGCUUCGAGGCGCUCCUCCCUCGUGCAAGACCCCUCGAGGAGGCGCAACGGGUCUAGCUCUUCAGGGGGGUCUCCUUCCUCCGCUCAGCCUCGACGUCCAAGUCCACAACCGGCAGUCCCUCGCGGCUGCCAUGAGCCUGGCGCGCCAGCUGGAGCUCCGGGAGCAGUAUACACAGAAACCUCCCAAGGUCGCAUCCCGUGGCCUACUACUAGCCCCGGCACCGCGAGUCGCCCUACAUGCUCCGCCGGUCGACAGGGCAGCCGCACGCGGUCAUGAUGGAUGGCCGCAAGCGCUUGUCCCUGCAGGAGCACCGCCGACAGGGCCUCUGCUUCAACUGCAACGUGCGUUACAUGCGGGGACACAACCGUGUCUGUAAGUGGAUCUUCUACAUCCACGGUGUCGAGUUGGACCUCGCCGACGAUGCCACCGAUGGGGAUGAUUAGAACACGGAGACAUCGGUGUUCUCCCUGCACGCCGUCGCCGGGGUGGCCGUCUACAACACAAUACAACUACAAGUGGUCGUCGGCGCCACUACU